UCUUCGCGUGAAUAGGGGAACGCGCGCGCUGGCCGCGUUCGAGCAGCUGGUUUUCGAGCAGUGAAGAAAGGCGCCGCUCCUAUAGUAAUCUAGUAAGCUCCGGCUAACGCUCUCGCUCUUCCAGUUUACUACGAAUGGUUGCCGCGAUCGGUUGCGCUUCUUGGGGCUUAGACAGUGCUGCAGCGUGUGAGUGUUCGUGUGUGUGCGUGUGUGUGUGUGUGUACGAGCGUGUCUACCAAACGGUGUGCAAUUCUGGUUUCGACACUCUGGGCCAUUUUGCUCUGGUCAGCCGGAAGAAACACGGUUUUUUCCACACCUUCGGCAAGCCGGCUACACGCAGCAUUAAAGCAUGAAACUGAUAAUGUAGAGAGCAGUGGGCAGGAUAGGUGUGCAAAAAGUGUGUAAGUGUGUGCAUAAAGUGAAAAAAGGGAAAAGGGAGAAAGGGUGUGUGUUUUUGGAUGUCUUUAAUAGCGCGCGAAGUUGCCGCCCUUUCGAGUUUCGUGUUCUCCGUACCAAGUUGAGUGAGUGAGUGUGUGUGUGUGUGUGACAUCUCGAGGCGUUUAUCCGAAUUCUGGCCGUGAAUCAGUGGUGCUGGUGCAUCAUCAUCAUCAUCAUCAUCAAGGUUGAGCUGCACGUUUGAAGAUUCGCGGGACGAAGCGAACGCCAUGAGCGUUGGCUACUGCUGCGACGGUCGCGCGUGCGAAAGUGUGCAGAAAGUUGUCCCGAUCUCGCCAAGCUACAGCUGGCUGGACGUGAAGUGAGCGGACCGGCAAACGGACCGGCCUCAGCAACCCAGCAAAGAAGCAGGCAAAAAAGCCAAGCCAGCAGCAAUCAUUGCCAGCGAGCAAAUAUCACACAAGGUCACCACUGACGACUCCAUCGUGCGCCCCGCCGAACGACCGUAAAAGUGUUCAGCACAAGACAACACGAGCGGCAUCACAAAUAAUGGCUUCCAACAUACACAAAUGGGAAAAGCUCUCACCAAGUGAAUUCCAGCAGCUACAGGAUCUAGCGUCAUACUCGACGAAAAAGCUGCAGAACGUGCUGCAAGAGUUCUGUUCGCCGGCCACACCGUCCGCCUCAAGGUUCCAUCCAGAUGGGGACAUCGACUAUGAUGGUUUCCGCAAGUUUCUCGACUCGUUUCUGGACUGCGAAACGCCCGACGACCUGUCCCAACACCUGUUCAUAUCAUUCCUGCAGCCGGCCCUGUACCAGGCACAGCAGCAACAGCACAGCCACGGGAAGGCCCUCAGCCAGAUGGCGGCGAUCAGCAGCAAUGCAGCCUGCGCCCCGGUAACGUCCCACAAUCGUGGGUCGAUACCGAACCUAAACAGCAUAGUGGACAUUCCGACACCGCAGCCGUCGCAGGAAUCGCAGCGGAACAGCUUCGUCGAGCGGAUACACGGGCUCACCGACAAGCUGCAGUCGCUCGGGCAUCUCGGGCUCGACGGCGGCGGUGACAGCAGCAACAAGGGCAAGUGCGGUACCGUCCAUCCGAUGCUGACGGUGACGCCCAGCCCGAUGGGCUGUACGCCACCGAUCCUGCAGGCACCGUUCCGCCGGUCGGCCGACUCGAGCCCGUCCCACUCGCACUCGCACAGCCACUCGCAGAUUUCCCGGAACUCGUCGCGCAAAAGCAACAACUCCGUCAACUGUCGCAUCGAAGAUGUGCGACUGAUUCCUAGAAAGCAAUCAUUUUUGGAUCCGCUACUGCUGAAGGUACCGCUCAAGGACGUCGUCUGCUAUCUAUCGCUGCUGGAGGCAGGCCGGCCCGAGGACAAGCUCGAGUUCAUGUUCCGGCUGUACGACACCGACGGAAACGGAGUCCUCGAUACGACCGAAACGGAUGCAAUCGUCAAUCAGAUGAUGUCGGUCGCGGAAUACCUCGGCUGGGACGUGUCCGAGCUACGGCCGAUCCUCCAGGACAUGAUGACCGAGAUCGACUACGACGGCGAUGGGUGCGUUUCGCUCGAGGAAUGGCAGCGCGGCGGCCUGACAACGAUCCCGCUGCUAGUACUUCUCGGCGUCGACAACACGCUCAAGGAGGAUGGAUACCAUGUGUGGCGGUUAAAACAUUUCAGCAAACCUGCCUACUGCAAUAUGUGCCUCAACAUGCUCGUCGGGCUGGGCAAGAAGGGUCUCUGCUGUGUGCUCUGCAAGUACACCGUGCAUGAGCGUUGCGUCCAGCGGGCACCGGCGUCCUGCAUCGCCACCUACGUGAAGUCGAAAAAGUCGAAGGCCACCGCCACGUUCCAGCACCACUGGGUCGAGGGGAACUGUUACGGGCGCUGCUCAAAAUGCCGCAAGCGAAUCAAAGCGUACAAUGGAAUUACCGGGCUGACCUGCCGCUGGUGUCGCAUGAUGCUCCACAACAAGUGCGCCACGCUGGUGAAGGCGGAAUGUACGCUCGGGGAGUUUGCCAACCUCGUCCUGCCACCGACCGCCAUCUGUCCGGCCGUGCUCGAUCGGCAGAAAUCGAUCAAUUUUACCACCAACAAGGGAAAGAGCGUACCAUCGACAAUACACUUUCAAAUUACCAGCGACCCGAGCUGGUGCCCGCUGCUCGUCUUUAUCAACCCGAAGAGUGGCGGCCGGCAGGGCGACCGGAUCCUCCGCAAGUUCCAAUACCUGCUCAACCCGCGCCAGGUGUACGACCUGUCGAAGGGCGGCCCGCUCGAGGGCCUCACCAUGUUCAAGGACGUGCCGAACUUUAAGGUGAUCUGCUGUGGCGGCGACGGCACGGUCGGCUGGGUGCUGGAAGCGAUGGACAGCAUCGUGCUGCAGACGCAACCAUCGAUCGGUGUGAUCCCGCUCGGCACCGGUAACGAUUUGGCGCGCUGUCUGCGCUGGGGCGGCGGCUACGAGGGCGAAAGCAUUCCGAAGAUACUGGACAAGAUCAACCGGGCCUCGGUCGUGAUGCUGGACCGGUGGAGCAUCGAGGUCAAGAACAAUCCGCUGGCGGCGGAGGAAACACCAACCGCCACCACCAUGCCCGGCCACAAGGUAACACUGUCCGAGAACGUGCAGAAGGUAAUAGAGCUUUCGCAUCGCAUAAUUGCGGAAAAAUCUGUGAUCCAAGCGUACGACGAGGAGGAAAAUAGUACAAACCGAGCGACCGACGUACCGUUACCGCCCACCGCCAACGGUACGACGCAACGUGCCGCAGUGAGUGACAAUAAUGGGUUCGCCAUCGGACCGGACGCUGCCGGCACGGCGAGGGUCGCCGCUAUGACCGCUACGCCCCCACCGACACCGACCACACCGUUCGCGGGCGGUGCCGACGGACCCACCGUAAUGGAAGGUUUCAUUGCCGAGCAUGCCAAUAGAGGCGCGGUGGACCCGCCCCUGACCAAUGGCGGAGCGACGACGCUAGUGUCGUCGAUCGCUGGUGUCGACGAGGACGACGACGACGUGGCGGCUAACACCGGCACUAAUGGUAGCGCGCCGCCGGUCGAUAACGGCCCGUGUGCGAACGACGAUGAUGCAGCGCAACGUGCCGAGGACGAUACCGUGAACAGUUCCUAUCAGCAGCAGCAGCAACACCAUCACAGCAACGGCAACGCCACGGACAAACCGAGACCGGAGAAGAAAAUUAUCGACCUACCAAAGUUGAUAAAACCGCAGGUCGGAUCGGAAUUCACCGUGCCGUACAACAUUGUCAAUAACUACUUUUCCGUCGGUGUGGAUGCUGCCAUCUGCGUAAAGUUUCACCUGGAGCGGGAGAAAAAUCCGCACAAAUUCAACAGCCGCAUGAAGAACAAGCUGUGGUACUUUGAGUACGCCACGUCGGAAACGUUCGCCGCCUCCUGCAAGAACCUGCACGAGUACCUGGAGAUUGUGUGCGAUGGUGUUUCGCUCGAGUUGGCCAACGGUCCACAGCUGCAGGGCAUCGCGUUGCUGAACAUCCCCUACACGCACGGUGGCUCCAAUCUGUGGGGCGAGCAUCUGUCCCAGAAGCGGAUGCGCAAGGGCCCGUUUCGCAAGAAGCUUAAAAACUCCGACAAAGAGCUGUCGGCGAACAGCUUCAACUCGGUCGAUCUGUCUAUCGCCAUACAAGAUAUUGGAGAUAGCAAGAUAGAGGUGAUCGGGCUGGAGAACUGCCUGCACAUGGGCCAGGUGCGGACCGGGCUGCGCGCGUCCGGCCGCCGGCUGGCCCAGUGCAGCGAGGUAAUAAUGACCACCAAGAAAACCUUUCCGAUGCAGAUCGACGGUGAGCCCUGGAUGCAGGGCCCUUGCACGAUUAAACUCACACACAAAAAUCAAGUGCCAAUGCUGAUGGCGCCCCGGUCGGAGAAGGGUAGCGGCUUCUUUAGCUUCCUGAAGAGAUGACUCACGAGAAGGGCAAACAGCGACGCCGUCCCGAUUGAGGCCUAGUGAGCGCGGGUCCAACGGAGCGCGUCCCUUACCGUUUGCAACCCCGGGCAGCCAACUGUCGCCAGCAGCCUGCACAUUAUUGGUCAGCGGGGACAGUACGAAAACUGAUAGCUUUAAUCUAGUGAACCACAACCCCGGCGUGUUGAUCCCAGCCCAGUGCGUAUCGCGGUGGGUGCGACUGGUUCUUCGUGUAAAAUCUUUUUUGAAAUAAUACCAUCCCAACAAAUCAUUCACGCGAGCGACCGAGCUAGGUUCUUUUCGAGCUCAUUAUCGUUUACAAAACCCUCCAACACACAACACAUACUAUCCGCGACCAAUAUCUAGUACAAAAAUGUUGAGGAACUAAUCAAAACAUUAUCCCCCGGAGGAGGUGCAUGGUUCACGACCCGCCUGGAAGUAGUCUGAGGUAAUCAAAAAGAGGUGUCGAUCAUUGGAAGCUGCUGUUCGUAUCAUCCUCAUGUCAUCUCUACACCGCUCUCUACACACAGCUCAUUACGCACACAAUGCUUGGCGGAGCAGCACAAGAUCCUUACCAGUCUAGUGGGGAUGCUGCGCUAGAGCUAUGAUCUGUUUCAAUCCUUACUAUUACCAUAACUUUUAGCAUCUAAGCGCCUGUGGUAAACGAUGUGUACCCGUAUGUAUCGCUGUGGCCGUUUAUAUGUUUUACUCUUGUUCGUCAAACGAACUCGAAGCUGUUGUUACUCAUAGUGUGAUAGCCUUCCAACUGUUAUACGUUAUCAUCGUUCAUCGUGUAGCCGUACAGUUCACCUUCACUUGGAAUGUUGAACACACAUACACUUACACACACACACACGAGCAUCUUAGCUGUUAUAUUGCACGCGCAUUGUAUCAUCUCGUGAGCGAACCAGCUUACGCUCCUAAUCUCAUCGAUGGAAUCAAGUGGAUCUGUGGUACUGUGUUUGUCCAAGUCAAAGUAUUAGUUGAGAAUAUACACAACCCCUUUACUAUAAUAUACCACAACAACUACAAUUAUAUUUACUCAUAUUAUUAUAGCAUAUACAUAUACCGAUACAUGAAGGCGCACCCCUAUACUAUAUCGUGGUGUACGCUUAUCGUACAAACAAUUACACACACACAGAAACUAAAAACAAAACUAAACUAAAUGCGACAGAAAGUAAUGUUCGACCGCGCUGCGCUAUUGUGACUGGUUCAUGUGCUUUAAAUACAGAGGGAAUCUUUGACGGUCCUGUGGGAUUGAGCUCGGUGGAUGGAGUUAUGGCAGGAGUACGCGCAAUGCAGGAAAAAACCUUUUUUUUCGGUUCAUAAUAUAGCAUAUAUAUAACCUCUCUAUCUCUCUUCGACCAACACCGUAUACAUAUCUUUGGACAGGAAAAGGAAAAGUCGUUACCAUUUUUUAGUAGUACCUCCUGUACAUAGCCAAUAUCUGUCUUGCAGAAUGGAAGAAUGCUCUUAAAAUUGGCAGCUUGAUCGGUUCUCUUGGUUUUUAUUAUUUCUGUUGGCGAACUCUAGCUGACUAAAUCCAUCUAUUCCAGUUCAUCCAGGAUACAGUAUUUCUAAUGAAACGUCUAAUUAAACUGUGUAAAGGAAGUUAGAGCUCUAACCUAUUGGAUAUACGUUUUUAAUUAAUUACUAGCAAGUGCACAUACUAAUCGAAAAUGAUGGACUACGGUAGUGAGAAACAGACUCGUUUAAUCUCACUUUAAAAAAGUAAAAGCGACUCCAAAAUAAACCCAAACAAAAGCACAGGGGAACGGUUUGUAAAUAGAAAAUGUAUGAAACUAUCGGAACAAACUUAACCUCCAAGUUGUAAGAUAUUGUUUGCAAUUGCAUUCGCAAACUAACGACUACAUUAACGGAACCGUUUCAUAUAAGGCCUGUGUGUGUGUGUGAGUGCGCGCGUGUAAAGAAUCUCAAGUACCGCACCGCAAUACUCUGCCAUCGUGUUUUGUGUACUUGUAUGGUGUGUAUGUAUGAAUAGGUGUAACAUUUAGGGGUGAAAGAUAACAAAAAAAACCCCCCACUGAAACUUAAACAAGCGUACAACAUGCAAAAUUUAGUUCAACAUUCACAUCGCAUUCGCCGCAAACAUCAGCGCACAAACAAUUAAAACAUGCGCUGCAUCUUCAAUUUAGUUGGAAACGUUUUUAUUUUUUGUUUUUACUUCUUUAAAAGAGAGAAAAAACAAAACAAACACCACAGUAGCAGUUAACAAAGGAAACUACGAUUAAACGAUUAAUCAAAACACAGGUGGAAACACACAGUCAGAGCGGAGACGCGGCGUUGCCCCCGAGCACAAUUUAAUUGCGUACCGGGGAAGGCACAGGCCGUUGAACACAGGCACACUUGGUAGGCACGCUUCUGACACAGGGAGCGUGAGGAUAAGAAAGUAGGCUUAAGCCGUAUAAAAGCCGAAUACCACGCGCGAUAGUACGAAUGAUAUGUGUAACGAUAUAUAAUGAUAAUAAACCACUCAAAUUCUAAAGUAGCUUAAGAAGAUGAUUGCAAAUAGUUAAUAGAGCAGGAGGUUAGAUUCUAUCGAAUGCCGUAGUGCAAGUAAAAAAACGAAUUAGAAAUACUAAAAACUCUUGUAGACAUCAACCAGAUGGUAGAGAAGACGUAAUGUCAAAUGUUUAGAUAGCCAAGAAGAAACUCAGCAUUAUGUACAUGUUUCAUACUAGUCAAUGGCGUGCAAUGUCCGCCGAUAAGCUAGACAACAAAUACGGAACCUUAAUUCUUCGGUUGGUGCUGGCUGGCUGGUUUCGCUCCAUCGCAACCACCCUGUUCCCAGACGCAACAUACUUUUAAACAAAUGACCCAACGGCCAGACGCCACAUCUGUGCCAUACCCCCGGGAAGGUGGUGACAUGGUUGGUAUGUUGCGCACGUGACAGAUCCACACAAACAGACACACACACACGCACACACCUUCCCCGACGGAUUGGCCAGCAUUGGCGGGAUGGUUCGGGGCGAGCAGAGUAGUUUGAGGCCUAAAGCUGUUUUUAUACAAUACUACAGUUAGUAAUGAGCAACACGAACCAAAGCGAAGAGAAUUUGAUGACCGGUGCUGCCGGUGUCGGCUGUAUAGAGAGGAUAUUUAAAAAAAAAAACUAUCGCCAGUUUGUGUUAACUUAAGUACGGAUCUGACCAUAGUUUCUAAGGGAAGAGAGUAAAUGUAAUAAUAAUGUGUACAGAGAGAAAGAGAGAGAGACAGAGAGUGUGUGUGUAGGAUAGUUACAAACUAAUCGUAAAUCCUAUUCGUAAUCGUUUCCUAUAAGUAGCAAUCGUAAGUUUAAUCUAUAUGCUAUACUAUUUAUAUACGAUAAGUUUCCGAAAAUAUCUUCCGAGUUAAGGUACGUGUUUACAUUCAAUUAAUUUUGCAACACUAUUUAUCAUUUUUAUCAGUGAUUUGAAAGUAUUUGUAAACAACAAUAUUAAGUGAAAGCUUUACAUUAGUUAUUAAGCAAGAUAGCAAGAGGAUAUGUUCUAUUUAUUACCGUACAUCUUCAGUUUUGCGCUGCUGUAAAAAUGCAACAGUAAAGGAAUUUCAAUUAAAAAUAACCAUUACUGCUAACGGAAGGAGUCGAAUAGUCGAACAUGUUAGAAGAACAAAAAAAAAGACUUGUAAUUAAUGGUACUUAUGCCUGCAAAGAAAACACAAACAUUCGGACCAAACGGGGCACUAGUAAGAGUUUAAACCAAAACAAUGCGAGAAAACACGGUAAUAGCUCGCAAGCAGCAUACUAACGUUUGUACUGACACACACACAAAACGCAUACAUACAUACAUACAUACAUACAUACAUACAUAGAUACACACAUACAUACAUACAUAGAGCACACAUUGUUUUACUGUGGAUGUAUUUUAUGAUGCAUGUAUUUGUGAGACAACAUUGUACUUUACGGGGUGCAGUCCCAGUCCCGGUCGUCUUACUCAUCCUUCAAUAUGAUAUACUCUAUUAUGAUGUACUCUAACGAUGGCCAAUAUUUGUAAUCAUAUUCAUUGUGUCAUUCACACACACUCACACACACACACAACCAUGUAGCUAAAUCAAUGAACCAACUGUCCGGACUUAACUGACCCGCCCUGUUUGUAUGUUGUUACGCGUAAGCCAGGAGAAAACACUAGCAAUGCCUACAGGAAGGAUGGUUUCCUUCUUUCCGUUGUACUUUUACGACCAAAGUGCCGGAACAGGGGGCAACACACAAAAGAAAACCCUUACUUCUUUACACGCACUAUUUGCCGUACCUUAUCUAGUUCUGUAUCUAGGGCACAUGCUUUAAUCGAACUGUUUUAACUGGUUACCGUGCCCCUCUACCUAGCCUAUGUACCUAUGUGCGCCUAGCCCUAACCUAGCCCAUCGUUCAUUGAGUGUUGCAUUUCGUGUCUGCCACACGCUGUCCUCCUUUGUACCUAGUUCACGCUUAACGCAUACUCCUUAAUGCAUACCAACGAUCGUUCAGCUGCUGCUGUACAUUUGCUGUGCCGUUGUAAAGUAA